ACACUUUCUUCGCCGUCGUCCAUGAUGUCUUCGCAACGUCACGCAGCCUGCGGUUGAUGUGUGUGUGUCGUGUGCGUAGAGGGGAGAACACUGCGGUGCCAAAUAAGUUGUCAAAGAAGUUUGGAUGCCCGCUUAGGUGAAAGUCACUGCCAGCGUCGCGAUCAUGACUUUCAUCACGUCGUGGGAGGAAUUCUCGAAAGCCGCCGAAAGGCUUUACCUCGCAGAUCCGAUGAAGGUUAGGUUCACUCUGAAAUACAGGCACUGCGACGGCAAGCUCCAAGUCAAAGUGACAGACAAUCAAGUGUGCCUUCAAUAUCUGACGGAACACUCUCAAGACGUCAAGAGGAUAGAGAAGUUAACGAACCUGCUGAUGAGGCACAUGGCAUCGAAGGAGCGAUGACUGCGCAAGCCGUCCGCCUGUGCCUUUCCACGCUCUGUACAUUUCUCCAUGCCUACGGACUGUUGUUUCAGGGAGACUGUUGUUAACGUCUUUGCGGAGGUGGCCAUAUGCUUUUUUACGGGGUGAUGGCAGUUCUUCGCUCGAGUCUCUACAAUGAAUGCCGUGCCCGAUUGCAGCGCGAGCGGUUUGUUGUGCUCGCUCGAAAUCUUUGAGCAAGUGAGCGAUGUGUGAAACUGCUUUAAGUAGGCGCUGCUCGGUUGCGCCGUCUCUCGAAAGAACUGUUGCGCGAGCACAGCGAUGUGUAGCCGCUUUCCAGUGAAGGUCUCUCGUGGGCCGUACGCCUUUGCUCGAAUCGAGCAUUUCCGGGUUUGCUUGAAAGGUCGUUGACGUGUUUGCGCAGAGGUAAUGGAACCAAGUGGCCAGAGAGAUAAAGAAACUGUUUAAAAAUGAAUUUGUCACCAGCAAGGUGUUCCUGACGUUGCGUGGUGUAGAUUGUGUGCCGCAAGCAUGUUUUGUGAAAUUGCUGGUCUAAGAAAUACAUUGCUUAAGCACAUUAAGAAUAGUUGUGGAAGCAAAAGUAUUACCAGCCAAAGGGACAGAAAAAAAAACUGACUGAAAGUAUAGGUGGUAUGGCAGCCAAGUUUUUCCACAACUUGCAUGCAGUGCCCCAUGCGAUUAGCUUACUUCCUGCAAGAAUUUGUGGUGAUGGGGGGCGGGGUGUAGAAAGGCCUUGGUUGCUUGGUACAAGGUGACAAGAUUACACAGGCUGCUGUGUCACCAGAGCAAAAGUUCUGACUGGCCAGAAUAUCAGAUGUGCAUUUGCACAAGUCGUUCAACAGGGCUAGUUGUUUCUGAAACAAUUCCAGUGCUUGUCCUGCAGCUCUAAGGAUCAAAAAGCCUUUUAAGGAAUCGUCUUUUCCAUGUACUCGGCCCAGCUGUAUCUUCAUUUAUUGCACAAAUGCCUGUGCUGCCCAAAUUGGUUGCAUGUUUCGUCUCACUGACAUAAAACUCGCAAGUGAAUAAAACUGUGUCCAUCCUUACA